AUGCCGUCGUCUCGAUCGUCCUCCCGUGCUUCUUCUCGCCGAGGCGCGUCGUCGAAAUCGUCGGGUGGUUUUUCGCAACAAACAAACGCUUUGGCGACGAAAGCGAGAAGAAACGGGAUGAUGAGGAAAAACGUAUCUUCUUCUGCGAUGAGUGAACGAGAGAUGUGUUCUUCUUCAACAUCGAACGACGACGUCGAAAAGGAGGCGGUGUCUACGCGAAGAAACGCGUUACUUCUGAGCGCGUGUGCGACAGCUUUUGGUUUUUUCACGAAUGCGGAAGAAGCGGAAGCAGCCGCCCCGGCGGAAUUCGCCGAGGAGACGUUGAAGAUGAUCAACAUGACGAAAGAUAUUCUCAACGGGAAAGAUUACGACCAAACGAAGAAACAGUACGAUCCGGCGAAAUUGCAGGAGUUCGAGGAAUAUCGCACGUAUUGGUUCGAUAAGUACCAAUACCAACACGGGAAGUCGUUUUACGGGUACGCGAACACGUGGAAUGCGCAAGCGAAGGUUGCGUUUCAGGUUUCCAUGUCGAGUAAAGAAGGCGCGAAGAGCGAGUACCCGAACGGGUUCGAUCCGGAGAGCACGGCGUAUAACAAGGCGUAUUUGAUUAAGAUUUUGGAUAAAGCGGAGGAUGAGAUUAAGGACUACGAGAGCAGAAACGCGUUUUAA